AAUUUUGUUAGGUUUACACGCAGCUUGACAUUCCCCCGCCCCUGGCGCCUACGCAAUGCAAAACGGAGGGAAAAUUUUUAAAAGCGAGAGGCUAACGAUUUUUAAAUGUCAGUGCGCGCCUUUUCAAACUGUCGAAUGAGCUUGAGGUUUUGUAAUUCCAACCAAUCAACAAGUGGAAUGUAUCCAAUGGUGAGAGUUGUUCAUCUAGCAAUAGCCAAUCGGAGGGCAGAACUAGUGUAUAAAUUUUGCCUUCAGCGCUCAGCUUUUAGUUCUUUUCUGCUUCUACGAAGAUGGCUCGGACGAAGCAGACGGCUCGCAAGUCUACGGGCGGCAAGGCGCCUCGCAAGCAGCUGGCCACCAAAGCGGCUCGCAAGAGCGCCCCGGCCACGGGCGGCGUGAAGAAGCCUCACCGCUACCGCCCGGGCACCGUGGCGCUGCGCGAGAUCCGCCGCUACCAGAAGUCGACGGAGCUGCUGAUCCGCAAGCUGCCUUUCCAGCGCUUGGUGCGCGAGAUCGCGCAGGACUUCAAGACAGACCUGCGCUUCCAGAGCUCGGCCGUGAUGGCGCUGCAGGAGGCGAGCGAGGCGUACCUGGUGGGGCUGUUCGAGGACACCAACCUGUGCGCCAUCCACGCCAAGAGGGUGACCAUCAUGCCCAAGGACAUCCAGCUGGCGCGCCGCAUCCGCGGAGAGAGGGCUUAAGCGCCGCUCUUACUCACCCACCCCGCUUCACCAACCCAAAGGCUCUUUUCAGAGCCACUACACCGCAUCCCGAGAAGAGCUUGAGAUUCUCUUUCCUUCCCCUGUACCCCAAUUUGUGAGCUAGUACAAAGUGCCUCUGCACUGCGAUGGGAGAGGGGAGCGCAUUUAACUCUGAAGGAGCUGCGGAGACUUCGCUGGUAAAUUUGGUACUUUUAGACAUACGUGGAAAUAGUAAGUUUACUCCGCAUAGUUCAUAUCACGUAGACAAACAUCACUGAGUUUAUUUUUAUUUUAAAAGUUUCCUUUAAAUCGGGUAUUGCACUGUCUCGCAUAAUGAAUUGAUCCCCGUUUUUCCUUUCCCCGCCUCUACAACUCGCUGUAUGGGUCGUUGUAAGUGUUUAGUUUCGUCUUAAGCCAUCCAUAGAUCUGGGAAAGUCUUUGUGCUUUCUUCCUGUCUGGCGGGAAGCUUGAGACGUUAAGCUUCAAACCAGAAAAGCCCGCGUUCUGCCCUCUUCGGUUGCUCCAACCAUCUUUCAGGAGGCGUGUAAGGCGGGAAGUUUGAGCGAGGCCCUUUCCCCUCCCGAUUGCUUUCCUUCUCCGUCCGAAUCCGAGAGCCUUUCCACUGGAUCUUUAAUUUUACUGCUGCAGCUUCCUCCAGUUCUUCAAAAUAAAAAUACCCCCCCCCCCAAUUUGUACUCUGCUUUGUGUAUGCUUAGCAAUGCCUCGAAAAAACUAAAUGCUCACUUUUUCUGGAUAAAUAAUGCUCUUUUGCAGCUGAUAUGGAAAGGACCUCAAAGUCACAUUGGCAGGGGUGAAGCCAAGUAGGAACUGCCCAAGUAGGAACUGCCCACUGAGCUUUUUUAGUUCUUAUUAGGCUAUAGGUAAAGGUACCCCUGACUGUUAGGUCCAGUCACAGACAACUAUGGUUGCGGCCCUCAUCUCACUGUAGGCCGAGAUAGCCG